CUGAUUUUGAACUUUGCGGAAGAAAGCUGCCAGUAGGUGCGGCUCUGCUGCAGUACCGCAGUGGAGUUUUGUGCGUUUCGUCUCUGGCAUCGGACGCUGACUGGGUCGAUCCAUGCCAUCACACUUUUACAAGGAAUAUAUUGUACAGGCUAACGUGACGAGACGCAAUGGAGUCGACCGUGGUGAACUUGUACAACCAGUUCCAGAGUUUACGUUCCCAGGUGGACUGUCUGAACGAGAGCUCUGAACCACAGUUCCUUCAGAUGGCUGUGAACUUUGAGGACUGCCGUAAGAAGUGGCUGCGGGCAGGUGAGGAGCUGCUGUCCUGCAAAGAGAUGCUGGCUAAAGCAGAGACUGAGAGGGGCGCUCUGGAGGUCAGAUUGAAACAUGCCCGCAACCAAGUCGAUGUGGAAAUCCGUCGGCGGCAGAAGGCUGAAGCUGUCUAUGAGAAGCUGGAGCGUCAGCUCCAGCUGAUCCGGGAUGUGCUGAUAUCGGAGAACAACGGUAACAGUGUCCACCUCAGCGAGGAGCAACGCUCGGCCUUGGCCUUCCUCAGCGCGCACUCCCAGGCUGCGCAGGCAGCUAAAGCCAACCUUAACUCCAGCAGAAGGCUAGCUCCAAUUGAUGAAUCAGCCUCCAUAUUGUCGGGCAUCAGUUUUGAUCAAACGGAUGACUCUCUGGAAUGGGAUUCUUCUGUGAUGAAGACCGUAAGGUUGCAGAAACGUCAGAAACGACGAUCCUCCCGAAAACUUGAGGUUCCUUCGCAGAUGCUGAAGAAACCUCGCUCUACUGGACGGCCGUCAGAUCGAAUAAACGAGUCCAUAAUUGCCACAACCACCAUUGCUUUACCUGUGAACGGUGGCACCGUGGAGGCCGUGUCCACCAUCGAAAGAGUCCCCUACUGCACACGCAGCAGGAAAAAGAGUGUUCCUCAAUCCUGGCCUGAAACCACCUCAACUGAUCUAUCUGAAGCCAUCAGUGAAGCACCCAGCACACCGGUCUCAGAUCUCCCCAAUCACCCCCAAAACGCCAAAGCCAACGGAGGAGCGAAGCAGCACCAGUUCGUCACCAAAACUGUGAUCAAGUCCGAGUUCUGCGCACCGUGUGGAAGGAGGACAAAGUUUGGCAAGAUAUACCUUCGCUGUCAGAACUGCAGGAUUGUGACCCAUCCCGAGUGUCAGGACGGUUGCCCCCUUCCUUGUAAUCCCGCAGCCAUCAGCACUCCCGUCAGGACCGCAGAGAGCACACUGGCUGACUUUGCUCCCGUCACUUCUCCACGGAUCCCAGCUUUGGUCAUCUACUGCAUCAGAGAGAUAGAACACAGGGGGCUUCACGAGGUUGGCCUGUACAGAAUUUCUGGCCAGGAGCGUCAGGUGAAAGAUCUGAAAGAGAAGCUGAUGAGAGGAAAGACUCUGCCGCAACUUAACAAGGUAGAAGACAUCAACGUCAUCACAGGUGUCCUCAAAGACUUCCUGAGGAACCUUCCAGAGCCGCUGCUCACCUUCCGCCUGAACAAAGCAUUCAUGGAGGCAGCUGAAAUCCAUGAUGAUGAGAAGAGCGUAGCCGUGCUGUACCAGACCAUCAAUGGGCUCCCUCAACCCAACCGAGACACUCUGGCCUGCCUGAUGAUUCACCUCCAGAAGGUGGCUCGAAGUCUGGAUACCAAGAUGGAUGUGGUGAACCUGGCCCGGGUGUUUGGACCUACGCUUGUCGGCCAUGCUGUUCCCAAUCCGGACCACAUGACUCUCCUAAACGACACUCACAGACAGCCACGGGUCGUGGAGCGCUUGCUCAGUAUCCCGGCGAGCUACUGGGGCCUGUAUGCCUAUCCAGACGAUCUAGACACAGACAAUGGCCGCCACACAGAGACUCCAAAUCGUAAAGUCAGCAUACUGGGACCAGUGACCACUCCUGAGCAGCAGAUGAUGACCAAGACCCCCUCCUCUGGCUCACUGUCACAGCGUAUGAUGCAGACCCUCUCCAGCACUAUCUUAUUCACAAGCAAGAGCAAAGGAUCUGCUCAUGCCCGUGGGAACUUCUUUGAGUCUCCGCAGCUGAAGUGAUCAGAUGCUCCUGAUGUAUAGGAUCUAUGUAUCAUGUUCUGCAAUAAUAAGCUAUACUUCACAUAUACAGGAGUAAAACUAAUGUGCAAUUUAGGCGUCUAACUCCAUUAUGCUUUAUGAAUUAUUUAGCAAAACUAUGAGACAAUCGGUGACCAGUUGAAGAAUUUUUGUACCUGUGAUUACUAAUGACGUUCUCUGAAUUCUGGUAUCUCGUAAGCGAUUGUAAGCGUUGAUCACCAAGAUCAACACGUAUCAUCCUGGAUGGAUCUGUGGUUGUUACUGCAGCAUCUAGGAUGGCAAAUAUGGGAUACGGCACUGGACCAAAGGGAGCAUGUUAGUUCUUUGUUGCGUGCUAACGCAUUUAGCAAACGUAUGAAAGACUAUAAGAUUAACACUGAUACUGAAUGGGAAUGAUGCAGUAUUGUGCAACUAACUACUAGAUCUUUUAUAUGAAUGUCUGCCACUAGAGGCUGCUGUUGUAUUAUUAUUGUUAUUAUUAUUAUUAAUAUAGUCCCAGCACAGGCAGUUCAUAUUCAUGACUGCCCUUUCAUUGCAGUAUGAACCAAUCACUACAAAUGGCUUCUAUCAUUCUUCUGACAAUGGGAAUAGCAAUAUUACUUUUACUCUACUGCAUUUCUAUGUAUUUUAAACUUGACCUGUUUUAUGCCAACCUGUGCCUUUUUUCAUGUUUUACUUCUGUUUUUCUAAUGGAAUGUUAUUUUUCCUCGAGUCCCGAUUUUGGGUCUAGCCCUACAUGUUUUUUCUUAACUUCCAUCCUGCUCCAAAACACUUGAUGUGACGGCAACGCAGUGGAAGUGUCCAAUGGACACCAGACUGAGGGGCCGUCUUCUGAUGCUUCUGAUGCUUCUACCAGAUAUCUCAUUCAUUUAAAUUGGACUCCCAUGGAACUCCAACCAAAACACAAAGUCCACACUUGUGCUAAAAAUAAAUCAUCAAAUGGUU